GCAUAUAUUAUAAUACAUAUUUAUGGAAUUAACACUGAGAGUAGAGAGAGAGAGAGCGGUGACCAGUGGUGGGCUAAAUAAAUAUAUAUAUAUAGCACAUAUUAUUUAAUUUUAACCUAAUAAUAAUAAUAACAAUAAUAAUUUCUUGUUGUUUCUCAUCGAAUUUUCUUUUGUUGUGUUGUUUUUCCCUUUCUCGGGGAAAUUGGAAAAUUUUCUUCCUUGUUCAAAACAACUUGUGCUGCUCACUCUGUAGUUGAAGCCGUUCGCACCGUUCCUUUCAGCGGUGAGAAUGUCGACUCCUGCAAGGAAGAGACUAAUGAGGGAUUUCAAGAGGUUGCAACAUGAUCCACCUGCGGGAAUAAGCGGUGCUCCUCAAGAUAAUAAUAUUAUGCUAUGGAAUGCUGUUAUAUUUGGACCUGAUGACACACCAUGGGAUGGAGGUACGUUCAAAUUGACUCUUCAAUUUACUGAGGAUUAUCCAAAUAAGCCACCAACAGUGCGGUUUGUUUCUCGAAUGUUCCAUCCUAACAUUUAUGCAGAUGGAAGUAUUUGUCUGGAUAUUCUACAGAAUCAGUGGAGCCCUAUUUAUGAUGUGGCAGCUAUACUUACCUCUAUCCAGUCAUUGCUCUGUGAUCCCAACCCAAACUCUCCUGCAAAUUCUGAAGCGGCACGGAUGUUCAGUGAAAACAAGCGUGAAUACAAUAGGAGAGUUCGUGAGAUUGUCGAGCAGAGUUGGACUGCUGAUUAAUUGUUCUUGCUUAAAUGCUUCAAAACCUUUUAAGAUUCAGUCGAAAUGGCCUGUUUAAAUUACAUUUUAGAUUCUGAAAAUGAAUUUGCUCCAACUACAUAUUCUCUCUGAUUACAUGAAAUGUUUGCUUGGCGUUCACGAACGCAUGUUUGGCCUAUCGGUCAUCUGUAUCCAAUGUCCAUUUUAUUUGCCUCUA